AUGUGGGCACCCGAUGCUUCUUCCCCAGAGGCUUUUAUUCAUUGGCUCGCAACUCGUGAGCCAUCAAGUCCGUGGCCGAACGUUAUCUCUCUCUUCUUGCAGGCGGAUGAAUAUUGGGGUAUCUCCUCAAGAUUGUCCAAUGUGGUCCCUCAAUCACUUCCUGGGCUCCAUUCUGGCGUCUCUCCAACAAUACCUCAACACUUGCGUCGUCAGCUGCCCUCGGUCCCUGCUUCAAUGUCCCAUAUUUCCGGUAUUAUGGACCACCUGGCUUCCCAGCUGCCCUCAUCUGGGGGGGGCUGCUCGGCCAUGGUUUCCAGCCUCAAGGCCCGUGGUCCUCAACCACGUCUGGGGUUGGGGGGAUCCUCACCUCACGUCACCUCCAAAGGUUUGCAGGUUGAGAAUUGGCAAGCCUCUCCCCGGGCGACAACGGCCAGCCUCCACAUCCUUGAACAGCAAAGGAUCCAGUCAUCCGGUUUGGUUUCUCAAAGUACUUUAGAGGCGCAGGCGGGGGUUAGCCAUAGAGACCACGCUCUCACUGUUCUGGAGUCGGUGGCAGCCGCUUUUGUAUCUAAGGCAGCCACUUUGGGUGGCGAGAUUUGUGGUCAAUGUUUUGUGGAGAAUGGUUCUUAUUCUGCACACCAAUAUUGUCGCCGUAUGAACGGGAGGUGCUUCAAGUGUCUGGGUUCUCACAGCUCGGAAAAGUGCCAGCGAACUCAUUUCUCCGCUUACCUGACAUCUGCAAACAACAGAAGAUCCUUCCAGGUGUGUAUCGGCUGUGGUUUGCCCUCUGGGGAUGCGAUUUACGACAGGUUUCACCCAAACAGGAAGAUUGGCCGUGCUUGUGAGAGUGGAUUGAAGAAUAUUCCAUUCGUUGUGGCCAUGCAUUGUUAUUACAAUCUGGCCCCUUGGCUCGUGGAUUUGACCGGGGAUCGACUGGAAGAGGAGGGCUUUCUCAGAUGGCUGGCCGCCACCACCGAAAACAUUGCAGCUCCUUGGCCCAAUGUCAUCACCGUAUUUUUGAGGUUCAUUGAAACACAGGGUGCAUCGGCAGUGUUCUUGGGGUCUCGCUUCUGA